UCCAAGAGCCCAGAGCAAGGAGCUGCUAAUCUCCCAUCUCCAAGGGGCCCUGGCCUGCUGAGAGACAUGAUUUAAAGUGCCACCGCAAACCCAAAAUGGGCCUCGUCCCAGGCUCUAACUGCUGUCUUUGGGAAGCAAACAGAUUCUACAGGCACCGUCUGAGCCAGGAGCUGCAGCAAACGCGCUUGUGAGGGAAUAUGCUGCCCCAGGGAACAAUGUCACCAGAGGGGCUCGUUUUAUUCUGUCGUUGUACGGCGCUUUGGGCAUGGAAGGACUGCCUGUUCCGAGACCUGCUGUGAUCCCAGACAGAACAAGGAGAAGAGCUGCAGGUCCGAUAUGCAAGGCCGUGAGGCGAUCGUGAGCAGUGCCCAUGCAGGUGAGGAGUAAGCAGCUUGCCCAGUGAACGGAGAAGAAUUGUGGAAUUCCACCUAAGCAGUUGCAAGACCUCGCCAUUCUGUCAUCCCGCCUCCUUCACUGCAGUACCCAUAUCCUAGACAUUCAGGGCUUCCCACCCGUCCAAACUGAUAUGAAACAGGGGUCCUUCCCCUUGCCCAUCCUUUAUCUGGGGCUCAGGUGGGAUUUUGGGGCAGCAUAAGUCCCCCUCCUGGCAAAGGGUUUUUGUGGAGUUAAGUUCUGGUGACUUUUAAUAUUCAUGACAAGCCCCACUGCCUUUCCUACUCCUGAGGUUCUCUUUCUCCCCAGUGCAGGGAGCAAAUCAUGGCUGGAUUCCCUUUUCAUUCCAGCAGGUGAUGGGAUGCCGAGAAAGAAUGAGGAGCAGAAGCCCCUGCAUGAAGCCCCUGAGGUGGUGGAGCCUCCCGUGACUUUACCCACGAGAUCCCAGAGCCCCGAGUGGGGAGGAGCCCGUGAGACUCGGUGCGGAUCAGAAAAGCGGCGGAGGAACCCGCUGGCGCAGAGCCGGGGUAAAUCUGCUCAGGUGGGCGAUGGCCUCACCCACCAGGAGAGACCAAAUACGUGCACGGACUGCGGGAAGAGCUUCAACAAGAGCUCGUCUCUGAUUAUCCAUCAGAGAACCCACACAGGGGAGCGGCCCUAUGCCUGCCCCGAGUGCGGGAAACGCUUCACCCAGAGCUCCACCUUCCUGCGGCACCAGCGGAUCCACACUGGCGAGCGGCCCUACGACUGUGCCGAGUGCGGAAAGAGCUUCCGGGUGAGCUCCCACCUGGUCCGGCACCAGCGGAUCCACACGGGGGAGCGGCCUUACGUGUGCACUGAAUGCGGGCGGAGCUUCAGCGUCAGCUCCCACCUGGUGCAGCACCAGCGGACGCACACGGGCGAGCGGCCCUACCGCUGCGCCUGCGGGAAGAGCUUCAGCCUGAGCUCCCACCUCAUGCAGCACUGGACCAUCCACACGGGCGAGCGUCCCUACCAGUGUGCCCAAUGUGGGCGGAGCUUCUCCAUGAGCUCCGCCCUCAUCAGGCACCAGAGACUCCAUGCGGCGGACGCGCCCCGCCAGUGCGCCCAGUGCGGGAAAAGCUUCAGCCGCGGCUCGGAGCUGAGCGACCACCAGAAGAUCCACACCGGGGAGCGGCAGCACGAGUGCGCCCAGUGCGGGAGGAGCUUCGGCGCAAGGUCCAAUCUCCUCCAGCAUCAGCGGACCCACGCGGGCGAGAGGCCCUACACCUGUGCCCACUGUGGGCGGAGCUUCAGCCGGAGCUCAAACCUUAUUACACACCAGAGAAUCCACACAGGCUGAGAGCCUGGCCCAUGUGACAACCAUGGGCCGACAGUUACAGGCCACAUCCCAACCAAGACACGGUCAUCUCCUCCUUUGGGGGCAUGUGGAGCUCUUUCCCACUCAUGUGCUGCUCUUGGGAUGCGGUGGGGUGAGAAGACAAUGAGGAGAUGUUGUGGGAAGGGAUCGUUUGGGAUGCAAGGUGAUGGGAACCAGGAAAGAAGGCAGAAGUGGGUGUUGUUGGUGAGUCAUGAUGGGUCACUUGCUGGAGGAUUCUCUGCAGCUCGAGGUCUUCAAACCACGAUUUGAGGACUUCAGUAACUCAGACAUAGGUUAGGGGUUUGUUCCAGGAGUGGGUGGGUGAGAUUCUGUGGCCUGCUUUGUGCAGGAGGUCAGACUAGAUGAUCAUAAUAGUCCCUUCUGACCUUAAAGUCUAUGAGUCUAUGAGUUUGAGUUGGGUGAGUGAAUGGAGCAGGGUUCCCAGGUAACUCUAGGCCUGUUUGAGUAUCAGUGAAUUUACAUACUUAGAUUCUCUUUUUUUCUUUUUUAUUAGCUGGCAAAUCUUUUUUUCAUUUGGGUUGCCUGGGGAAUCCUGAGCCGUGCACGUCUUGGCCUUGGGCAGGGAGUGAGCUGGUCAAAGAAGGGUGUUCUGAGAUGCCCUCCAAUUAAGGAAAGUUUGGAGUGUUAAAAGGAGUGGACAAGUAAACACAUCAGAGGCUAAAUGCAUGUGAAACCGGGUAAUCUAAAUGGCAGAGCUGGUUGAAAACCAACAAACUGAUUUUCCGGGGCGGGGGGAGUCAAAUCUAACACCAGGACCCCUGUAUUGAUGGUGGUGUUCAUUUUCAUACCAAAAUCAUUAAAAGCCGCCAUUCUUCAUUUAAAUGAAACUGCCACCAAAUGUCUACUCUGCUGCAACAGAGCACUGCAGAAUCCAGAGCCUUUGCUGCAAGAUUUAGGUUCAGCUGCUGCAGGGACUUGGAUAGAUGACAUAUCCAUACAGGAGUUUGGCUGUACAGCAAUGUCAAAUUAAAAUGGCCAAAUUAAAGAAAAACCCUCCCAUUUCUCUCUUGGGGUCACUGCUGCACGCAGUUAAUCCCAUGCAGACUGCAUCCUAACAUAUACAGUCCCACUGACGUCAGCGUGACUGCAGACACUAGUAGGUACUAGGCUUGAUAAGCAUCGGCAUGACUGGGCCUUUAUUUGGUAUGUUUCCCUUGUGCUUGUACAGAAUGCAUGUUCUCCAUCCGGUUUUAUGUGACAGUGUUUCCAAAAGUUGUUAAUAUAUUUGACCAUCGAAAACUCAACAUAAAUAAAUUGUACUGCAUAGUAGUGGUGAUACAUAUCAAAGUGGGCGUGAAAGGUUGGGUGCUUCAUAUCCUGUGAUUAUAGCUGCUGCUCUGAAAAUUGAUGAAAUUGGGACAUUCCCAUAACACGAAUAAGGACAUCUGUGAAUGGUGCACCUUUUACCGAGCAGGAACUGAACCGACUGUAUGCAGCACAAUAAAGAAAAAGAAGCCCAUGGCUCUGUGA